ACUUACAACAUAAGAGUACUUUUUUAAUUAUAGAGCUUAAGCAUGGAUAGCCUGAAAGAAGACAGAGAAGAUGUUAAGCUUCUAACAGCUUGGGUCAGUCCCUAUGGCAUGCGAGCUAUGAUUGGGCUUGCAGAAAAGGGCAUCAAAUAUGAAUAUGUGGAGCAAAACUUGCGGGACAAGAGUCCAUUGUUGCUGCAAAUGAAUCCUAUACACAAGAAGGUACCUGUUCUUAUCCAUAAUGGCAACCCUAUUUCUGAAUCUCUGAUUGUUCUCCAAUACAUUGACAACGUUUGGAAUUCUCCUCACACCGCUUUUCUUCCCUCUCAUCCCUAUGACCGAGCUAUUGCCCUCUUCUGGGCAGAUUUUGCAGACAAAAAGGUUUGUUUUCCUGGGUUGGAGACAUUUCGAACCAAAGGAGAAGUACAAGAAGCGGCCAAAUGUGAAUUCCUGCAAAAUUUAGCAAUAUUAGAAGGAGAGUUGAAAGGAAAAAAUUACUUUGGUGGAGAUAGGUUUGGAUUGGUGGAUAUUGCACUUACUCCUUUUACAUCAUGGUUUCAUGCAUUUGAGAGCUUAGGAAGGUUUAAGAUUCAUUUGGAGGAAAAAUUCCCAAAUAUUUGGGCAUGGAAGAAGAGAUGUUUGGAAAGGGACAGUGUGAAAAAGACACUUCCUAACCCUGAAAAAGUGUUGGUUACUGCAACUGAAAUAAGAAAAAGAAGGUUAGGUGAGAUUUGAAAAAUUAUAAUACUUUAUAAUAAAUGAUUUGAUCUUUGCAGAUUCAUAUUUGUACAAGUGGCAUUCAAUCAAGUACAAUUACAAUAAUUUAGAGA